AUGUCUGUGCUGGCAGUGUACUCUGAGGUGAACCACCGCGAGUUUCAGAAAGAGGUGCAGAUUCUGAAGAAUCUUCGACACCGACAUCUAAUUUCUCUGUUUGCCGUGUGCACAGCUUCACCACCUUACUAUAUCAUCACGGAGCUGAUGGAGAAAGGCAGCCUGCUCCAGUUCCUCAGAGGUCCAGAGGGGAAAGAACUAGACGCCUCAUCACUCAUCGACAUCAGCAGCCAGGUGGCUGAUGGGAUGUCGUACCUUGAGGAGCAGAACAGCAUCCACAGAGAUCUGGCUGCACGGAACGUGCUGGUGGGAGGCGACUAUGUCUGUAAAGUGGCCGACUUUGGACUUGCCAGAGUGAUAAAGGAGCCAUUUUACAUCUCAAAAGAUAAAAAUAUUCCCUUCAAGUGGAGCGCUCCGGAGGCUCUCACCCAUGGAAAGUUCUCCAGCAAGUCUGACGUCUGGUCUUUUGGCGUCUUGCUCUAUGAGAUUAUCACCUAUGGAGGUAUUCCUUAUCCAGGCUUCAACAACCACGAAGUGCUCCAGCAGAUUAUCGAAGGAUACAGGAUGCCGGCUCCAGCCAAGUGCCCCGACUUUCUCCAUAAAAUCAUGUUGUCAUGUUGGAAAGCUGAGCCGGACGACAGGCCACAUUUCAAGUCCCUCAGGCACCAGCUGGACAGCAACUUCUAUGAGCUGUGACACCGCCACCGGCCCCUGCAGCUAAUGCUCAGUGCCACACGGGGGCAGCAGAGAGUCUGAUACUGAGCAGGGAUCGUGACUCUUCACCUGGGACCCUUCAAACGAAACAAAACAAAAAAACCUAGCAGGCCUAACAGAGGGUAAGAGGCAGAAUACAACAUGGACAAGUUGCCAGUCGGUCACAGGGCACAAACAACUAUUUACUCUCACAUCCACAAGGUUCAUUUAGAUUCUAACCCCAACCUGUAAUAAUUCUUUGUCCAGCAGGGGGCAGCAUAGUAAGUGUCUAAAGAACUUACUGAGCUGUUGCUGUACAGAUUAUUUAAGUUCUGCUUUUCUUCUCCCUUCACCUUUUCUGUCUCCCUCUCACAAUCCCACCUGCAUGUCCUUAAGUAUGAGCUCUCCAAGACCUUCCAGCUUUUUUUCCACACAAACAAAGAAAUGUAAGUUGUUUUGUUGUGCAGAUUAGUUGCCUUAAACUCACAACAGAACACAAAUCUUCAAGUUUGUCAACGUGACAGUUGCUUUAGAUGCUAGAGCCUAAAAAUGACCCACCAACCAACAAAAACUUGAAGAUGAAUGAAGAAGAAAAAUAAUCUGAUGCAUGUGGACAAUUAUGUCAUCGGUACCCACGGCUACAUAUAACAUUCUUUCAACUCAAAUGGAUUGACUGCUGCUUUUGUGAAAUGAGUCGACGACGAUGAUGAUGAUUAAAAGUGUGCAAGGAUUUGAGUCCUGGAUUAGCAGA